AUCAUAGUUCUUGCCCCCUCCCCACUCUGUUCCUGCUCUGAGCUGCUCACAUUGGCUCCAACUCUCUGCGCAGUAAAGGGGGUCCCAGGACCCAUCACUGCCCCUCCCCCCCGCUGGGAACUUUACAGAUCUCGGAUACUUUGUUUGCAGUUACUGUAGCUGUAGUGGAAUUCACAGAUUUCCUGUCCCAGGACUGAGCUGUCACCUACUGCUGCACCCCUGAUCUGUCUGCAGGAUUCCUGGGGUACCCUGAUCUGUCUGCAGGAUUACUGGGGUACCCUGAUCUGAGUGCAGAAUUACUGGGGUACCCUGAUCUGUCUGAAGGAUUACUGGGGUACACUGAUCUGCCUGCAUGGUCACCCCACUCUGUGCAGUAUUUCUGAGGACCCCUGAUCUGUGCAGGAAUAAUUGGAUCUUUGUGAAUGUGUCCCCCACUCUGUGCAGGAUUAGUGGGGGAUCCUUAUGUAACUGCAUGAGCACCCCACUGUGGUCAGGAAUUCGAGGGACCCUGAUCUGUGCAGGAUUACUAGGAAACCCUGAUUUUUCUGCAUGAGGACCCCAAUGUGUGCAGGAUUACUGGGACACUGAUUUGUCUGCAUGAGGACCCCACUGUGGCAAGGAUUACUGGGACACCCCGAUUUGUCUGCAUGAGGACCCCACUGUGUGCAGGUUUACUGGGGGACCUCCAUCUCUCUGCAUGGUCACACAACUGUGUGCCGUUUACUGGGACACCCUGAUCUCUGGUGAUCACCCCAACUUUAUGAAGGAUUGCUGGGGCCCCUGAUAUUCCCUCUGUGUAUUGGAUUAUUGGGGUACACUGUGUGCAGGAUUACUGGGAUACACAGAUCCCUGACUGUAUGAAGAUGGUUACUGGGGGAUCCUGAUCUCUCCACUUGGUGCUGGAUUACUGGGGACCCUCAUCUCCCCUAUUAUAGGAUUACAGGGGAGCCAGAUCCCCCCACCUCGUGCAGGAUUAUUGGGGCCCAGAUCCCACACUUUGUGGAGGAUUAUUGGGGGCCCUGAUCUCCAAGCAGGAAGUCAGGAUUCAACCUGCACUGACAGACAUUACCUGGAAUGCCGACUUGAUAUUAUCUUAAAUAUGGAUGCUGAAGAAGCUCUUAAUUUGAUCAUGAAAGAUCUGGCUGCGUUGGGCAGAUGUGGCGGUUUGCUGGACACCAGUCGUAAGAAGAAUAACAAACAGCAGGAUGCUAGGAUUAAAUUUGAAUACAAUGGAGAAAAAAGGAUUAUUGAGUUUAAAAGACCAGUGAAAUUCAAGGAUGUGAUGCAGAAAGUCACAGAUGCGUUUGGGCAAACAAUGGACUUGCACUAUGCAAACAAUGAGCUCCUCAUUCCCAUAAAGUGUCAGGACGACUUGGAAAAGGCCCUAGAACAGUUGGACUCGAGCCUCUCUUUGAAGAGUUUGAAAAUUCUUGUGAAAGUGCCCAAAAAAAAUAGUUGUCUGCAACCUGUGUGUCCGAAGCAGCAUGACAUGAGGCUAUCCAAAUCUAUGGGAGAUAUUCUGGGCUCUCUGUACAAAGAUUCAGGAAAGAAUCGCAAAUGUUCAACAGGUUCCCUACAUACAGGCCGCACCUCGCCGCCGCCAGGCUGUGUUCCUGAUGAACAGCAACAGAUCGCCCGUCAGGGGUCAUACACUAGCAUUAACAGCGAAGGAGAAUUCAUUCCUGAGGUUCUUGAUUCCUUCAUUAGCCCGAGCGGCUCACUGUCCAGCAGCUGCCAAUCACUGGAACAAUCCUUGGACAGCCCAGGAUUUUCCACUCCAGUUACAAGAAGAAACGGCCCGCUGGUAGACAGCUUGGAUUGUUUAGAUUUUGAAAUUCCUAUGUACGAGAGGUUUGGAAAAGGCGGCACUUUCCCCCGGCAGUUUCAUUUCUCCCAGAGUCGAAAAGACUAUAGUGAUGGUCGGCGCACAUUCCCUCGGACCUAUGUCCCUCCGGAGAACCUCUUUCAGUUGAGUCCUAGCAAUAGAACAAGAAGUGUUAAAGGCGAGGGCAAAUGGGGCCUAAGUACAGAACAAGGCUCAGACCACUGCACCACAUCCUCUCAGGCUCCUGAGAACUGGAGAUUGGGUAAGCUUCUUGGGCGAGGAGCGUUCGGUGAAGUCUAUCUAUGUUACGAUGUGGAUAGAGGCAGAGAACUGGCAGUAAAGCAGGUGCCGUUUGACCCCGACAGUCAAGAAACGAGCAAAGAGGUGAACGCUUUAGAAUGUGAGAUUCAGCUACUAAAGCUCCAUCGGCAUGAGCGGAUAGUUCAGUACUAUGGCUGCUUGCGGGAUCCGGCAGAGAGGAAGCUCUCCAUAUUUGUGGAGUAUAUGCCAGGGGGUUCUAUUAAGGACCAGUUGAAAGCAUAUGGUGCCCUAACAGAAAAUGUUACCCGAAGGUAUACCAGACAGAUUCUACAAGGAGUGUCCUACUUGCACGUUAACAUGAUUGUACAUCGAGACAUCAAAGGUGCCAACAUAUUGAGAGACUCAGCUGGGAACGUAAAACUCGGUGACUUUGGGGCCAGCAAGCGAAUCCAAACCAUCUGCAUGUCUGGAACCGGCAUUAAAUCUGUGACGGGUACGCCGUACUGGAUGAGUCCGGAGGUGAUCAGUGGUGAAGGAUAUGGCAGGAAGGCAGAUGUGUGGAGUGUGGCGUGCACGGUUGUCGAAAUGUUAACCGAGAAGCCACCGUGGGCGGAAUUUGAAGCCAUGGCAGCCAUCUUUAAAAUUGCCACACAGCCGACGAAACCCAAACUCCCUGACAACGUUUCAGACUUCUGUAGAGACUUCAUGAAACAAAUAUUUGUUGAGGAAAAGCGGAGACCCACGGCAGAUGAACUUUUAAAGCAUCAUUUCGUUAGCCAUAGUAUUUAAGUUUUAAUUUUCCUGUAAAAAAAAAAAAAAAAAAAGUAAAUCUUAUGAACUAUUUCAAAACCAACAGAAGAAAACACAUGCAUCGGUGCCUACCUGCUAACAAAACAAACACUCGGGGUCUGACAGUAAUAACAGUGUUCUCAUUUCCUGUUUUAAGUGAUCAUUGUGUGGGAGUCUGUUGGUGAACCACAUAUUUAAAUUUGCUAGAAGAAGGAGGUUCGUACCCCAUUAGCGGUUUUCCCAAAGAAUAGUUGACGAAAGCACUGUGUUUUCAUUCACUGCUCGAUACGGACAGUGUUUAGCACUCAGUUUAUUCUGUCUAAUAACAUUCUAUGCUGCUCGGGAUUUUCACCAAACCAGAGAGAGAUCAUUUUGGCAUCCAGACAUCUGCGGACGACAUUUCCAUGUAGGUGCCCAUCACGGCACAUAAACUCAGCUUUGGUGAGUUAACAAGCAAAUUGCACAGUUUAGUAAAAAAAAAGUUGUAGACUUAAAAAAU